AUGGCGACAGAAGCGAACACCCCUGGCGAGCCUCAACCUUCAGCCCUGCAAACCCUCCUCACAACCUCCGCCUCGGACCCAAACCAUCCACUGUACCUGACCCAACUCGCGCACCAAAUCGCACACAAUCUCGAGCACCAGCAUCUAUGGACCAAUCUGCGCAUCCACAAUGUCUCUCCUCUAGACUCUUCACCGCUCCCGCGCCCCAUGGUCACCGGCACGCCGCCGCAACGUCUGUACAUUCACCCAGACGAGCAAAUCGCGCUUCUGCAAGUUCAAAAGGCACAGGGGAACAAAGGGCUGGGAGAGGUGAAGGCUGAAAGGGAGUGGGUGCUGCCGAGCCAUUUGCGCGAAAAAUGGAGUCUCAGACGCUUCGCUGAAGCGUUUGAGAAGAUUGGGAUUAUGCCUCCGUCGAGCGGAGAGGAUGACGAGGAUGAAGAAGAGCAGACGAACAAGUGGAGGACUAAGAAGAGGGUUGUGCUGGCUACAGUGGACGACGAUAGCACUGUUGUCUACUACAUUGUUCACGAUGGAAUUGUCAAGCCGCGCCAAAACUGAGCUGUAAAUUCUGGGAGUGGAG